UGUUGCUCGGAGCUCUUACUGUACUUCAUCUGGAAAAACGAGAUUGUUUAGUUUUUGAGAGAAAGCAUGUCUAAGCGUGUGCACCUUUUCUUGACUCAAGCUGCGUGUCAACCGUGGAUACUUGUAGAGAUGAGCUGGGGAUUGUAGAUCAAUAGUUUUCUAGAGCUCACAGGCAGGGUAGGGUUUAUUUUGCAGGGUUUCCAGCGCGUUUUGGUCAUGGGUCCACAUCCUGUCGUCCAGGCGAUCAUAGACUUCACAGCUGGAGCAGCAGGUGGUACUGCUUGUGUUCUCAGCGGCCAGCCUCUGGAUACCGUGAAGGUGAAGAUGCAGACGUUCCCCGCCAUGUACCGCGGCUUCAUCCACUGCUUCAUGUCCACCUUCAGACAAGUUGGGGUCCGGGGCCUUUACAAGGGCACCAGCCCGGCGCUGAUCGCCAACAUCAUGGAGAACUCCGUGCUCUUUCUGAGCUACGGGUUCUGCCAGGACGUGGUCCGCUCUUUGUUCGUCAUUGAGGCCGCCCACGAACUCAGUGACAUUCAGAAAGCGUUCUCCGGCUCCCUGGCCGCCAUCUUCACCUCCACGGUGCUCUGCCCCACCGAGCUGGUCAAGUGUCGCAUGCAGGCCAUGUACGAGAUGGAAGCCUCCGGCAAGAUCGCCCGCGGCCAACAAAGCAUGUGGACGGUGGUGAAGACGGUGCUGGAAAGAAACGGUCCGCUGGGUUUCUACCAGGGCUUGACGACCACCAUGGUGAGGGACUGCCAGGGUUACUUCUGCUUCUUCGGCGGCUACGAAGUCAGCCGGUCCAUGUUUGCACAUCACAUGGGCACGGACAAGGAGGGCAUAGGCAUUCUUCCACUUAUGUUCAGCGGCGGCUUCGGGGGCGCUUGUCUUUGGCUCCUGAUCUAUCCCAUCGACUGCGUCAAGUCCAGGAUCCAGGUCUACUCUUUAGCCGGGGUGCAGGAGGGCUUCCUAAAGACCCUCGUGGAGAUCAUCCGCAACGAGGGGGUCAGUGCGCUCUACUCAGGCCUCAUGCCCACCAUGGUACGCACCUUCCCUGCCAACGGCGCCCUCUUCCUCACCUACGAGCUCACUAGAACUUUUUUAAUGGACGCAGCCAGCACCUAAUGUGAGAUAUUCCCAUAAGGACUACUCUGCCGUUAGGGAUGCAUGUCUGAUGUGUCCUACGGCGGGACUCCGGAGACCGAUGAGCGUUGUCAUCAGGUUUAAUUCAAAAGGGUGAAACUAAAAAGACAAACAUUACAGUCAAUAUAUACAUAUGUUAUGCAAAUAUAUACAUAUAUAAGUUAAAGUUAAGUUAAAGUAGCAAUGAUUGUCACACACACACUAGGUGUGGCGAAAUUAUUAUCUGCAUUUGACCCAUCACCCUUGAUCACCCCCUGGGAGGGGAGGGGAGCAGUGGGCAGCAGCAUUGGCCGCGCCCGGGAAUCAUUUUUUGGUGAUUUACCCCCCAAAUUCCAACCCUCGAUGCUGAGUGCCAAGCAGAGAGGUAAUGGCUCCCAUUUUUAUAGUCUUUGGUAUGACUCGCCCGGGGUUUGAACUCACGACUAGGGAUGUCCGAUAAUAUCGGCCUGCCGAUAUUAUCGGCCGAUAAAUGCGUUAAAAUGUAAUAUCGGAAAUUAUCGGUAUCGUUUUUUUAAAUUAUUGGUAUCGUUUUUUUUGUUUGUUUGUUUUUUUUAUUAAAUCAACAUAAAAAACACAAGAUACACUUACAAUUAGUGCACCAAGCCAAAAAACCUCCCUCCCCCAUUUACACUCAUUCACACAAAAGGGUUGUUUCUUUCUGUUAUUAAUAUUCUGGUUCCUACAUUAUAUAUCAAUAUAUAUCAAUACAGUCUGCAAGGGAUACAGUCCGUAAGCACACA